AUGGGCGAUGCGACCGAAGCCAGCACCCCGAAGGCCAGCAGCCUGAAUGGUGGCCAGCAUACAGAUGCGCCCAUCCAGGGAAAUGGAAAUGGGACUGGCGAGCUGGCGCAAGAGCCAUCGGGCGACCACCCACCAGGGCCGCCCGUAUUCCCCCUGCUCCAGAACAGCGCUAGCAGCGAGACACUCGCCCAGAAUGCCCAGGCGCAAAAGGGUAGAGCUGCUGUAGAUGACACGGACGAGGAACCUGCCGUUGCCCAACCAUUUGUCCGCACGCGCAGUCCCGACUCGGCCUCCAGGGAGGAAACACCUCCGGAGGAUGAACGCGCCCCGGCGCGGCUGUUUCACAAGAUGCACAAGUUCACACUGUACGAGACGGCGAGCCGGUAUUACAUCGUGGGAGGCGACGUGACAGAAAAACGAUACCGUAUUCUGAAGAUCGACCGGAACACGCACGACUCGGACCUCAGCAUCACGGACGACAAGAUCAUCUACAGCCAGAAGGAGAUGAACUCGCUGUUGGACACCAUCGACGAUGGGAACAAGGGUACUGGUGGCAUCAAGCAACGAUGUACCGCCUGGGGUCUUCUGGGGUUCAUCAAGUUCACUGGGCCUUACUACAUGCUCCUGAUCACCAAGAAGAGUACCGUGGCAAUGAUAGGCGGCCAUUAUGUCUACCAAGUCGACGGAACCGAGCUUAUACCUCUGACGCCCGCCAAGUUCAGGCCCGAUGUGCGGAACACUGAGGAAUCGCGCUUCUUAGGCAUAUUGAACAAUUUAGACCUGACGAGGUCGUUCUACUACAGCUAUUCGUACGACAUCACGCGGAGUUUGCAACAUAAUAUCACGAGGGAGCGCGUGGCGCUGAUGAAGGGACAGCCAGGGAUCACAUACGAAGAUUCAAACUCCAUGUUCAUAUGGAACGACCAUCUUCUGCAGCCCGCAAAUGAUGUUUUGCACGAGCCUUUCGAUUGGUGCCGGCCCAUUAUACAUGGAUACAUUGAUCAAGCCGCGGUCUCGAUAUAUGGACGCACUGCACAUAUUACCAUUAUUGCCAGACGUUCGAGGUACUUUGCCGGAGCUCGGUUCUUGAAGAGGGGUGCAAAUGAUCUGGGUUAUGUUGCCAACGAUGUAGAGACCGAGCAGAUUGUCUCAGAGUCCCUGACCACCUCGUUCCAUUCGCCAGGCCCGAAACUCUUCGCGAGCCCUCAAUACACCUCAUACCUGCAGCAUAGAGGUAGUAUUCCUCUUUACUGGACACAAGACAACAUUGGCGUCACCCCCAAACCGCCGAUUGAGCUUAACCUUGUAGAUCCUUUCUACACUGCUGCGGCUCUCCAUUUUGAUAAUCUGUUCGAGAGAUACGGGUCUCCCAUUUAUGUCUUGAACCUCGUCAAGGCAAAAGAGCGACACCCGAGAGAGUCUAAACUGCUUGACGAAUACACCAACUGUAUCAAUUACCUCAAUCAGUUUCUUCCAGAUGAGCACAAAAUGAUCCAGAAACAUUGGGACAUGAGUCGUGCAGCCAAAAGUCGCGACCAAGAUGUCAUCGGGACACUGGAGAGCAUUGCUGAGUCCGUCGUGACCACUACGGGUUUCUUCCAGAAUGGCGAUGGGGAGAUCACCCCCACACAAGUACAAAACGGCGUUGCUAGGACAAACUGUAUCGACUGCCUCGAUCGUACCAACGCGGCGCAGUUCGUGAUCGGCAAGAGGGCUCUCGGGCAUCAGCUCCACGCGCUUGGCAUCUUAGAGGAUACCAUGAUUGACUACGAUACGGAUGCCGUUAAUCUCUUUACGCACAUGUACCAUGACCACGGCGACACGAUAGCCAUGCAAUAUGGUGGAUCACAGCUAGUCAACACGAUGGAGACGUAUCGCAAGAUUAACCAAUGGACCAGCCAUUCACGAGACAUGAUUGAGAGUUUCAAGCGCUACUACAACAACUCGUUCCUGGAUAGUCAGCGCCAGGAGGCAUAUAACCUGUUCUUGGGCAAUUACAUCUUCGCACAAGGCCAGCCCAUGCUUUGGGACUUAUCAACCGAUUAUUACCUCCACCACGCGGAUCCAAGAAUGUGGCUGCAAAAGGUGCCACAGCAUUACAUACGGUGGUUUACACCGCGGCACCUGCAGAAACGGGUACUCCCACCUUGCAACCCACUACAAGAAGAUACGCAAAAUAAGCCAGUAUCGUUCUAUGAUGAUUACUGGCUUGAGUACUACAGACCAUCCACCCUGUCGUCGUUCCUCAAGAUGUUCCCCUACAAGAUGAACUCUACCAUCAAGUAUAUUCCCUUCAAAUCCACUCAAGAAGGCCGUUAUGAUCUGAGUCCCUUCCGUGUCCGCAAUGAAGGAGAACAGGAGACUCACGUCAAGAAGCGAUCGAGGGAGAAGAAGGAGUUGAGAAUACUUGAUCCUCAGGACGAUUCUCAUCGACCCAACGGCGGCGGCGCUAAUAACGAGUCGCUAAUGACAGAGAAGACGGGGGACAGCCGCGGAAUUUCAAUCCAGCGCUGGCUUCAGCCCGUCGCCCUUGAGAAGCAGCCAACUGUGCCUCAGGGAAUUAUGAAGGAACCCAGCAACGGCAGCGGCGAGCAGCUCCCUGAUGCGCCUCGUAAGCAGACCCCACAGGAGAAGUCAAAAGCUGCCCAGUGGACUUUCAAGAAGGUCGUCUACGAGUCCCUCAACCCAUCCGUCAACGCUCAGGAUACCGACGAGUACCGAAGGUACAUCAGCCACCCGCAGUCCCUUCCCCUCGUCAUCUCCAACGAGGCACCCGAGGACGUCGACGCCUCCGAGUACCAGGACUACCUGAAUGGCAGUUGGCAGACAGACGGCCUUGCAGACAACAAUGGCACUGUGCCCGAGGAGGACAUCACAGCGUACUGGGAUCUGUUGAGGAUCGGGGAUAACCCGCUCACGGUCACGGAUGAGGAUCUGCCCAAGAAGAGAUACAAGGCUUACAGGAAGUGGUUGCGGGGCAAGAGUCUCUUCAAGCAACAGCCUGUCGAUUAG